CUAUUGGCACAGGAGAUUUUUCUAUCAACGGACAUUUGAUGGACAUUUCAGCUAUAAUUACUGUCGUCGUUUGGAUAUCUGUUAUGAUCCUUAUAUGUGGUGCCUUUGCUGGUCUACGAAGGAAUAGCUGUUGUGUAAGCCGAAGACUUCGUGUUUCUCGUCAAACAGCAACGUCAGAAAGAGAAGUUACCACAGGAGACAUUCCUUAUAACUCUCCACCGUUUGUUUAUUUGUACAAUGUUUCUCCAACAAGACUAGAUACAGUAGCACCGGAGCUUAUAUAUGGCAGCGAAGAGUCCUUUUUAAAACAGAAGCCACAAUUGAAGGCUCUUGUCACGAAACGUUACUUCGCAAAGCAGUUGACGGAGCAGGAGGAGAAAGAAGAAGUUUUCUCCAACCAUAGAGAUAAGACCGCUGUAAGUUGGGGCGAACCACGAACAAGUUCGCCCAGUACAGAGAAAGUUGUACUUGAGGAAGAGUUGAAAGGCAGAAGUGUUUAUGACCAAGACAUGUGUGUUUCAAAGCCUAGUCUUAAUGACCUCGUAUUAAACGAAAGUGAAGACAAGGCUUUACGCGCUUUUGGAGAGCUCCUCGAGAGUCAAACAAUGUGUGUUAUUUGCUUGGAAGAUUUUGAGAAAGGUUGCUUUGUUCGAAUUGGCUCACAAAGUCAGUGUACUGCCCUUUAUGCAAGAAAUAUGUGUUUAUGGAGUCAAAAUACUGUAAUGAAAGUGGAAGACAUGGGUAUAGGUCGUUUCUCGAAGGGUCCAACGUCUUUCAUACUAGUCACUUUUUAACAAGAAGUUCACCCGAGUGGUUUAAUAUAGAGCGGCGUGAAUAU